GGGUUUAAUCUCAUUGUCUGAUUCUGUUUUGGUCAUAGCAGAACAAAGUUGAAAGCUUUUGUGUUCUGUUAUAGCCUAACAAAGUCUAAUGCUUUUGUCCACGUGGGUCUAAUCUCAUUGUCUCAAAACGGUUUGGUUUUCGAUUGAAUCAGAGCAAAGCUGAAGGCUUUUUUUUUGUUGGCUUUAUGAUGCUUAAAGCAAGUCCAAGAUCCGAUAUGGAUUGUUGUGCAAAUCAACAACAGUCGGAAGACCAAGAAGUUGAUAUCUUGGAGUUUGAGAAUCUGAAUGAUGAGGAGGGUUUGUGUCAAUCCUCUUCGAGUUCUUUUGGUGAUUCAUUAUGUGCUCGUGAUGAUGAUGAUGAUUGUGGUUUCGAAGCACAGUCUAUGUUAAGCAAAGAUUAUCCACUGCCUGAGAGUUUUGGAGAUGGGACUGAGCUAUUGGGUUUGAGAAAGAAGAAGAAGAAGAAGUUGACGGAUGAGUGGAGGAGGUUUAGUCAGCCUUUGAUGUGGAGGUGUAAGUGGUUAGAGCUCAAGGUUAAGGAACUUGAGUCUCAAGCAAGAGGGUAUGAUAAAGAAGUCCAAAGCUACGAUGGUGAUGAUCAAACUCAGAGGAUGAGUGUUUUCAAGAGAGGAAGAAGGAGACGUGUGGAAGAGACAACAGAUGUUUCUGCUUAUAUCUCCAACCAUAAUGUUUUCUCUUAUGCCGAAAAGCGGAAGCCAAGAACUCUUAAAGCUCAGUGUCCUGUUCCUGGUGAGAUCAUUGUUCUAGGCGAGGAAGAUGAGAGUGAAGAUGAUUGUUGUUUUGUUUCCGAGUCACAUUGUUCUGAUGAUGAUCUCAUAGGAAAGAUACUGUGUAAGAUUGAUGAGGCGCAGGAUAAAGCAAAGAGACUGAAGAAGCGUGUUGAUGAGCUGAUGAUGUGCAAUUCUCAUAAUACAUCAUCUAUGCCUCGGACAAUAGCUCAAUCUAGGAGUGACUUUACGGCUCAGACUGGUAAGCAACAUUAUACACUUGUGGAAGGUCAUAAUCAGAGAGAAGGAUCUGUGAAAAUUGGAAGGCAACGUAUAUCUGCUGAUCAUAAUGAAGAUGUAUUAUUGAUACCUCAAGGUCCUCCUCCUCCUUUUGAAGUCGAUGGGCAGUUUUUGUUUAACAACUCUCCAAAUCCUUAUGGAGGAUUAAGAUUUCCCUCAAUCGAAGAUCUGCUGAUGGAUGGAGAUGAAUAUGAAGGAGAACCGGACAAAGAAGAGCUUGAUCAUUGUUUCAUGAAGCUAAUGAAUGAGUUUGGAGGAGAGACCAUCAUGUCAGAAGAAGAAGAAGAAGAAGAAGAUAUUAUACCGCCUCACUAAGAGGGCAUAAAACCUCCUCCUCCUCCUCUCACUGAAAAGCUCUUUCUCUAUGUGUGUACAGAGACUUUUGUCCUCAUGCCAAAAACCCAUUUCCAUAAAAAGCCUCUCGAAUAGUAGUAACAUGGUUGAUAUAUUAUGUUUAUUCUUCCCCCUCUCUACUAAUUCUUUUGCAUUUGGGUUUUUUUUUUUCUUUUUGAGAACUGUGAGACCACCACAGGUGAGUUUUGUCC